AUGAAUCAAAUAAUUGAGGUUGGAGUUCGUGUUAGACCUUGUUUCAAAACAGAAGUCGCAGAAAGAUGUUGUUCUGUUGAUGAGGAAAAAGAGUCAGUAACAAUGAACUCUCCAAAUGAAGAAUGUUUUUUUGAUUUUGUUAAAAAUGAAACCUCUCCACAAAAAGAUAUGUUUCAACGUGUUGGAAAUUCAUUAGUCUCUUGUUGUCUAAAUGGAAGUAAUGCGACUUUAUUUGCUUAUGGACAAACAGGAAGUGGUAAAACAUAUACUGUAUUCGGUAAUUAUGUUGCAAAAGAAAGAAAAAUCACUCAACCGGGUUUAGUCCCUCGGUGUUUAGAGUUAUUGUUUCAAAAGAAAACAAAAACAGCAUCAGUCAGUUUAUCAAUGUUUGAAAUAUAUAAUGAUUCUUUCUAUGAUCUUAUGAAUGAAGGAAAAAAAUGUGAAGUUAAAGCUGAUAUAAGUGGAGCUGUUAUUUUUAAUGGACUGUUAGAAAUUAGUGUCAGACAAUGGGAAGAGGCAUUGACUCAUACAAUUAACGGAUAUGCAUUCAGAAAAACUAGUUCAACAAAGAUGAAUUCACAAUCUUCUCGGUCUCAUUGUAUUACAAUAAUUAGGGUUGGAAAAGGAACGUUAGUUUUUGUUGAUUUAGCUGGUUCAGAAAGAAUUGAAAGAUCAGUGUAA